CCAAAAUCAAAAAGAUUGUUCAGGACAAUGGCGAACAGGCAGCAGCCUGAGCUGUUCUCAGCAAAUCUAUUUACCACAUCGGGUUCAGGAGGAGCAGAGCCGUUUGGCUUCGGAGAUUCUAGCGGUGCUCUUCCUUCAGCACCCAUUCUCUUUGCAGGCGCACCUUCAGGAGCUUCUGCUGUUGAUCCUUUUGCUUCCCUUACAUCUGCUACACCAAACUCUUCAAACUCGAACAGUAACACAGCCCAGGAGAUCAGCAAUGCAUUCCAAGCUCCGGGCACUGCAGCCUCUGUUGAUGGCAGAGGUUCAGUAGAUGUAGGAGCUUCGCCUGCAGCCGUGCAGCGAGAGGCUGCGCCUGCAGAACUUGUUCCAACGACUCUGCCACAGCAGCAGCUUGCUUAUGGCAAUGCACCUCAAUUGGACAAUUCUGCAGGUAGUACAGGAGGUGCGCCGGUUCCAUCGCACUAUCAUACAGCUGCUGCUGUCCCAGACACUGGUGCUGCUCAUACCAGGAUCGGACCUAUUGCGCCAGUUUCUAGCAUUUCCAGCACAGCGCAUCUACAGCAGCUGGCAGGACCUGCAAUGUUUACUGUUGGCGGCUCACAGCACUCUUCAGCUGCACAAACAGCACUUGCAGGACCAGCAGCUACGAUGCCCGCCACACAGCUUAGUUCGCAAGCAGUCAACCUCGCCGGCCCGAUGGCAGGAUUCGCAGUGGCGCCGACCAAUCUAGUAGGCCCCGUAUCCACCACAGGCAUGCCAACAUCAAAUGUUUACAGUAGCACACAACAGCAGCAGCACAAUCAGAGCUCAGUCAUGGAGCCACUUGAUAUCAGCUCACCGACUACUGCUGCUAGUCUGGCGGGAUUCGGUGAUGGGGGUUUCCCCAUGCAACAGCAGCAGCUUGGCCAACCACUAACUAGCACCACCGCCUCUCACCAACAGCAACAACUUGGCAUGGAUGCGGCGAGUUUGGUCGGACCGCCGCAGGUCUCAGCGCAAGUCCAGCCCGCAUCUACUGGCGUGCCGGGCAUUGGAGCCUAUCCGUCUUUUCAACAGCCAUCACAGAUGCGAGAGUUGCCCAUUGAGCAAGAGUGGCGCGAGCAGCAGCGUAUGGUGGAGAGCUACAUUCCGCCAAUGGAGCACCACUGGUUUUACUAUCGCCAGGACAAAUGGACUCCGUUUUCACUCGCUGACUCGACUAGUCUGGAACAGGCUCAUUCCAACUCGUUGCUGGCUAACUCAGUAGAUUUCUCAUCUUUCGUGCCCACUGAAGGUGGUCGUUAUGAUGUGGAGCUGGAAUCUCGACAGCGCCACUCAGUUUACUGGGAUGAAGAAUCAUGCGAAGUGCGUCGGUGUUCCUGGUUUUUCAAGCCGGACCCUGCAUCAGACUUUGUACCGUACAAAGAGGAUGAAUCGGAAAUGCUGGAGAAACACUACCAGAAGCUGUGCAUUGCCAAUGUAUGGCCAGCUCGUUUUGACUUCAAGGGCUCUACCAUUCACCUGCACAAUGCCACGGCAAUCGUUCACCUGCCGCCACUGCCUGCCGUACCCGGGCCAGUGCGGCGAGGUCUGGAUCCAGCUGAGUCCCUUGAUGAAGGAGAGCCCAGUGAAGUUGACCACCUUGUGUUUGUGGUACACGGCGUUGGUCCUGUCGCUGAUCUCGCGUUCAGGAGCAUCUUCAGAGCUGUUGAUGACUGGCGGCAGAUCUCGCAAGAAAUGAUGCAGCAGCACUUCCCGCACCGGCGGAACCACCGCGUCGAGUUCCUGCCUGUGGCCUGGCAUGAGUCUCUGCAUGGCGACACGACCGGCGUGAACCGUAAGCUUCAUGAUAUCACGCUACGCAGCUGUGGUCGACUGCGGGACUUCAUCAACGACUUUCUACUAGACAUCCUUUUCUACAUGAGCCCUGCAUACUGCCAGACCAUCAACAGUACAGUGGCGGGAGAAAUGGAGCGCAUGCAUAACCUCUUCCUGUCGCGCAACCCUUCCUUCCAGGGUGACGUUUCCGUGAUGGGGCACAGUCUUGGCUCUUGUAUAUUGUUCGACUUGCUAGCUCAUCAGGGUGUUCCUGCAACUCCACAGGCACCAAACUCUCAUGAAGCACCAGAAGAGCAGAACUUGGAGUCAGUUGAUGAUGAGCUCACCGAGGAGAAGUUGUCCAUCAAGCCGCCAGAGCCCAUCACGGUGGAAUCCGCACUCACCAUGUUCGAGCUUGAUUCUUUCAUUGAGAAGUUUGAGGAAGAGAAGAUUGACCUUGAGAGCUUCCAAUUGAUGGGAAGCGACGAUUUCAAAGAGUUAGGAAUACCCAUGGGACCGCGUAAGAAGCUCAUCGGCUAUCUGCGAGAGCACAACGAUGCACAGGAGGCAUACAAACGCCGGGUUGCCGACGCAGAGGCCCGUAAGAAAGUCGCACUGGCAGCUCGCGAAGAAAGGGAACUUCGGCGGAAGCAAGCGGAAAAGGAGAAGGAAACGAGUGCUGCGCGUGAAGCCGCAGAAGGCAUUCAUCGCAUUGCUUUCCAGCAUGGAUGUGCCGGCAUCGGUCAGCCACUGGUACGCUACCCACAGCUUUCUUUCAAGGUGAAGAGUCUCUACUGCCUGGGCUCUCCCAUUGGCAUGUUUGUCACCGUGCGAGGAGGUAGACUGGGCCCAGACUUCUCCUUGCCUACUUGUAGCCGUGUGGUCAACAUCUUUCAUCCGUUUGAUCCGGUAGCGUAUCGAAUCGAGCCGCUGGUCAACCUCGCAGCAAACAGUGUCCCGCCAUCGCUAGUGCCGCACCACAAGGGCCGAAAGCGCCUGCAUCUAGAACUUCGCGAGAACCUUGGUCGUGUAGGUGCUAACCUGAAGAAGAAUUUCCUGGAGUCGAUGCGCUACACGUGGCAAGCGGUGCAGCAGUUUGCAGCCAGUCACAACGUGUCAGCAUGGCAGGAGCAGGUGGCCAAAGAGCAACUGGAGCAGCAAGAGAAAGUACAGGCUGAGCUGGAGGCUGUCAGCAGUGACCAAGACCAAGAGACGGAUGAACCUCCAGUGGAGCCACCGCCUUCACUGGACCUGGGCAAGCUGAACAACGGAGAACGUAUUGACUUUGUUCUUCAGGAGCACCCAUUGGAAAGCUUCAAUGAGUACCUGUUUGCCAUGCAGAGUCAUCUUUGCUAUUGGACUUCUGAAGACAGCUCACUGCACAUCCUGCGCCACCUCUACGGCAACGACAAUCCUGCGCCCUUCCUGCCAUCGCAGCCGCCUGCGCCCGAAGAGACUCACCUCACUCUUUCGUGAUGACCAGCUGACACGUAAGCCAGUGUGCAGAUGAUGCCCAUUACCAUUACCAUUGCCAUUACCAUUUGGUCUGAGUCUAUAGGGCAAUUCCUGUAUCAUUAGGCCCUGCUUUCCUGUGCCUGCUUUGUUAUUUUAUUCUGCUGUCAGUGUUGACUGUUGUCUCUUCCUCUCCUGCUGCCCUUGCCGAUCCGGAGGAUUCUGGGACUGUUGCCGAUUGACAUUUCGCUUUUGUAAGAUUAAAUUUUGAUUUUGACGUACUCAGUAUUCUUUAGCUGCGAAUGGAUUUAAUUGGGUCUCACUUUUGCCGAAUUCAGGACUCUCUGGCUGGACAAGACAUUGUCUGCAGAGUGUUUUCAUUGCUGCUACCGCUGCUACUGCUGUCUUCCUGUAGAUAUCUCCACCAUGCCAUGUUUUUAAGUUUAAACUAUUUUCAGAGCAAUGCAUUCGAUUUAUAUUCCUCUUCUUAUCUUGUCAGUUAUUGAACAUAGUAUGAGUGCCUGUGAUUCUCUGCAUUCGUACAAUACAGUUGGUUUCCACGGCCCA